UUGGCACUGAUUCAGAAACACUGAUACUGUAAUAUGUGUGUGUGUUUAUGAGAGUGUGUGCGCAUGUCCUUGUGAGGGUGAAGCGAGGCAGCGCAGCUUGACACACACACACACACACACACACACACCGCCAACAGACAUGAAUCACCUACUGAAAGUUCCAGUUCUGGCCAGCCGGGCCUUCAGCAGCUCCGCCAGAAAGCUGAAGAACAGAGUCCCUGAAGCUCAGAAACUCUUCCAGGAGGACAAUGGCUUGCCCGUCCACCUCAAGGGAGGAACCCAAGACGUCCUGCUCUACCGGAUAACCAUGACUCUGACUAUGGCAGGAACCUGCUACUCUCUGUGGUGGCUUUUCACCGCCUCCAUGCCUCAGAAGAAAGCAUAGAGACACAUAACGACUCCCGGGCUUGGUCUAUCACGUAGAGAAUGACUCUGAACCCGGCUCUGUCUAACACUAAUGUUUGUUGUGUACAAUUCUGUUUGAUUUUUCUCUCAAUACGUCCUCGUUUCAUCAUGAAAACGAUGAAUUAAAAUCAGCUUCUGCUGA